CUGCUGCGCGGCGGGAGUAGCGGCCAGAUGUCGUACUAGGCGGAACUGGCGCGCAGAAAAAAAAUAAAUUGAUGUUACGGACAGGAAACGGGAGCCUAAUCAUCACAAUUUGGACUUUUUGUUCGUAUUUCUGAAAGUUCAUAAGUAGAGGAGCGUCUGUAUAGAUAUUUACUUAAAAUGAUAAACUACGCCUAUAGAUUUAUAUUAUGCAUUCGAGCUGAAAAUAUAAUUUCUGAUACCGAUUAACAGUAAAAUAAGAAAAAAAAAUCAACGAAAGCCCACAAGCCGGCAAUUAGUAGGCCUAAUACAACAACAGAUGCAAAGCCCGAUUUUAUUAACAUUUAAGCUAUCAUUGGUUUGGGUUAAGAACUACAAAAUUAGAUAAAAGCAGAAUACAGCAAACUUUCAUGACACCACCGCCCACCCGCCCCCGGUUUUUUCGCUUUCCGGGUUGGCGGAGUGUGGAGGACAUCGCGGGUUACGGUGCGACGCAGGCACGCCUACGUUUGCAUUUACUUAUUUAUCAAAGUCUUGCAAUCUGUUAAAAAGUGGUAUCCGUUUCAUGCCCAUUGCUGCACCUUCCAGCAGCGAUUUCACUGCAGCCUUGAGCAGCGGUUCACGCUGUUGAACGUCCUGUGCCCGCCCCGCUGGAUGACAGUGCGGGCUGCGAGCCUGGUCCCUGGGUGGAGAGCGCAGGGCACUGCAAGCGAAGUGCGACCGCAGAGGAGCGGCUUCUUCUGCAGCAUACAGCAGUACUAAGGCUGAGCCCACCUGAUCGAGCGGUCAUGGUGACUGUUGCCAUGGAGAGGAAGGGCCGUCUGCCCGUGUCCCAGCAGCAGGUGACCCACAGGCUGGUGACGGUGGUGCCCUGCCUGCCAGCCACCCUGAGGGACAGUGAGGUGCCCCACUUCUUCAGGGAGCGUCACGUCCUCACAGGCUACCGGCCACUGCACCAGGACUGGCGCUACUAUCUCCUGUCCCUCUUCCGGCGCCACAACGAGACGGUCAACGUGUGGACACACCUGCUGGGGGCGCUGCUGGUCCUGGUGUGGUUCAGGGAGUUGGCAGAGGUGGUGGACUUCGCUGGCGAUGCCCAUUCCUGGCCUCUUCUCAUCCUUCUCUUGUCCUCUUUCUGCUACAUGAGCUUUAGCACAGUCGCCCACCUCCUUGCGCCCCGCUCUGAGCUCACUCACUACGCCCUCUUCUUCCUAGACUACGUGGGCGUGGCCCUUUACCAGUACGGCAGUGCCGCGGUGCAUUUCCACUACGCGGUGCCGGACGAUUGGCCCCACUGGCUGCUUGGCCCGUUCAUGCCAGUGGCGGCUCUGCUUUGCUGCUUCUCCUGCUUUGGCUGCUGCUUUGGAAAGUACUGCAGUCAUAGCUCUCCAAGCUCCAUACGCAAGCUGGGCCAGGUGCUGCCGUCUGCCUUGGCCUAUGCCUGGGACACCAGCCCGGUGUUCUGGCGCCUGUGGGGUUGCCUGCCGUCGUGUGAGCAGGACCCUGCUGCCCUCUUCCACGCCGGGCAGGUGGGCUUCUUCCUGGCCAGCGCCCUCUUCUUCACUCUGCUGCUGCCUGAACGCUGGCUGGCCGGACGCUGUGACUUCCUGGGUCAGGGCCACCAGCUCUUCCACACGCUGCUGGUCCUCUGCACCCUGUGCCAGCUGCAGGCCUCGCACCUGGACUACCGGGGCCGCCGCAUGCUGUACCUUCGUCUCCAUGGAGAUGGGGAGCCCGCCUUUCUCGUCUGCCUGUUUGUGGCUGUGGCGCUCGUUUGCACAUCCGUCGCGAUUGGCAUGACCAGCAAGGUGAGCCACUUGCUAAGGAGCAGAGACGGCAAACAUGAGUAGUGGGGGUGUGACUCCAUUGAGCCCCCUAAGGCCCCAUGAACUUUCACUGGACUUUUAAAACUUUUAGAACUUUAAAAACUUAGAUAAGCACUAGGUAUACUAAACACCUUUGAGUCCAAAGAGCACUGUCCCUCAGUGUAAAAAAACCUUCUUCGGUGAUAGCUCUGUUUGUCCUCCGUUAGCUUGAAUCAAUCUGUAUGAGCAGAUGGGCUGCUUGUGUGUCUUGUGUCAUGCCAUGUAGAUCGUUUUUAGAUGUAGAAGCUCGGGUGCUUGCUAUAGACUGUCAAGGUUGCAUCAGGUACCAUGAGCCAACACUGAGCUUGAAUCGGCAAAACAUAAUGUUUUUAGAAGCACACAUUAUCUGAGUAAAAUCUAUGGGGGCUGAAUGCUCAUUGAGCCUGGAUGUGCCACUAGUCAGCUGAAUGUAAACAACCACAUCCUGUGAUAACAUCACUCAACUUUAACCGCUUCCUCCCCGGGAUGUGUUUAAUCAGCCAUUUUGCUUUUCACAGACGUCACACCUUAAUGCAUCUGUUUUCCCAGCAGCGUUUGUUAAAAAGGGGUCUGGAAAAGACCCCCUAAUUGACAGCUUUUACCAUUGCCAAGCCCCCUUCCCAUCGUAAGGGGCCUCUGUCCCUGUUCAUGUGCCUCUGUCCCUAGGCACUGUUAUCUGUUCUUCAUAAAGUCCAUCUCACACACUGACAUUGCCCGAAAGCUGAUACCAAUUUUGGAAGGUACAAGAGUAAUAAACAAAUAUUGUGUGAACUCUCUGACUGUUUCUUAUCAAGGGAGAGUUCAGCUGUCUGUCUCUAUUCAACCUUUGCUGUGUGCUCAAUUGGGCUGGUAAUAGAGGCUUUGACAGUGAUCUUCCAAACUCUUUGUUCAGUACGGCAGUAAAUUGUGGUCUCUAAACAUUGUGUCUCCUUAAUGGGUUUCUUAUUGGACAUUUAUGUAUUGAAUGGAUUUUUUUAUUCCCAGCCUGGCAGCAGUCACACAGAGCAGAACGAGGCACAAAGUCUUAAAAUUAUCAGUGUUUUUUAUGACUAUACCUUUUUCUGUAUAAAUCAUAGUUAUAUAAUAUGCUUUAUCCUGGGAAUUUUGAUGUAAAGAUUUUCUUCCAGUGUUUAUAUUGUCAUGCUUUUUAAACAUUUAUAUUGAGUUUUCCAAACAAAAUUAACAUAAACAACAGGCAAACAGGAACACUUUUCUCCCAGGUUUGUGCUACAUCAGUGGUCCAUUCAUUCUUAUUGUAUUUAUAUGUCUCUGUGUAUAAACCAAAAAGAAAAAGUUUAGGAGCCGGUAGGAUUGGUUUAGAUAUUAUUUUUCCCAUCCUCCUAAAAUUUUCAAAUUUUUCUGAACUCCCAGACACAAUAGAACAGAGUUCCUUUCACUUCAUUACACAUAAGACAAACAUCUAGAAUAAUUUUAUUAAAUUUCUCCGGUAUGACCUAUGUUUCCAUUAGCCAAUUGUAUUGCAGUAAUACAACUUUAGCACAGGCGAUUUUCCUCUGUAAUUUCAGACUUUAAAUCUUCCCUCUAUACCACCAGUUUAUACUGUGAAUUUUCCACUGAUAGAAAUAUUAAUGAAUUAUAAUGGUCUCAUGUAAUUUCUUUCCUUAAAUGACCUCAACUUGUGUUGAGGUUUCUUUAGCAUGUUUCUGUUUUUUGUAUAUAUUUGUAUAUUGAAGAUACUUGUUAAAAAGUUUAUGUUUGCUUCUCAGCUCUUCACAUGAUAUUAUCUUGUCUAAAUCAGUGUGAUAUACAGUAAAUCCGUAACAUAUUUUGUACCUUUGGAGGCCCAAACCUUGAAAACAGGAUCUGCUCUUCCAGGUGUAAACUGCUGGCGGCUGCCCCACGUAAACUUGACUUAGCCCCUCAUCUUUUCAAUAGCUAGAAACUUCCCUGGUCAGCUUGCUGGAAUAGCAAAGUUACUGAACUGGAUAGGUUGGUGACAUUUUAUGAACGCGAAAUAUGUGUUGCAUACACCGAUUCCAAAUAAAAGUACACUAUUAUA